AAUCAUCGGCCGCAUGUAAAUCAAGAGGGAAUAAGAGCGCGACGUACCACGUGACUGGAGGGGGCGGCCGAACUGCUGCGCUGCUUGAGCAUGGACUCGAAGUGGAUCAGUGCACGCGACGCGGGCCAGAUGGGCUACAGAUCCUUGAGCAGGAUCAUUGGUAGGAGGGUGACCGUGACAAUGACGUAUGGCCGGUUUCAAGGAACCUUGGUGCUUGUUGACCGUGAUCAGACUGUCAUGCUGAGUAAAGUUACGGAUUUGACAACGAAUAUUACAAAGCCUGGAGUUCAACUGUUUUUUGCAUCUGAAAUCUUAAGUGUGGAUUUACAGAAGAAGGACGAGGAGGUUUGUCCCGAAUUGGAGUCAAGCGACCAACCCAUCACAAGAGAAAGGGACAAGGCUGCCCCAUUGCAGAUGGUCGAUGAGGCCCGGGAUGUAGAAAGAAGACUGACAGUCUCUCACACUGAUAACAUCCAAGCUAUAGAGACUGCAGUUAGUAAACUGGAGGUUAAUUUCACAGUCAUUGACCAGCUCCGGACAAAGUUUGGCAACGCUAUUGAGGAUAUUCAGUGCCAGCCUGUCAUUGGUUUGGCCUCUGCUGGAUCCAACGUGUGCCGUCAGGGGAGUCUGUAUUCUCUUCAGGUGGCAACCAAAAAACACGUUUUCCUUUUUGAUAUAGCGGUACUUGGAGAAAGCGUCUUUAAAUGGGGACUGAAGGCUGUACUGGAGGACAAAUCAGUUUUGAAGGUUGUUCAUGACUGCCGCAGAUUAUCAGACUGUCUCUUCCACCAGUAUGGGACUGUACUCAAUAAUGUAUUUGACACUCAGGUGGCUGACGUCUUCCUGUUCCACAUGACCACUGGUGGUUUUCUCCCACAAUGUGCAAAUUCCUUUGUGGACUGUUUGGCCAAACAUCUAAAUCUAGACCCCUCUAAGACUUCAUUCCUGCCAAAGACACAGGAGAUAAUGAAGGAUAAUCUGCUUUGGUCAUUGCACCCCAUGUCUUCACCCCUGCAGAAAGCUUUAGCACUGGAGGCGUCCUAUGUCUUGUCUCUUUAUCUGACUAUGGCGAAUUCAAUGAUGGCGGACUUUACUUCCAUUGUAGCUGCUUAUCUAAGAGUCUAUGAGCACAACGAUGCCACAAAUUGGUUGCAGAUCCCUGGAACCAAGCUCCCACAACAGUUCAGACAGCUCAAGGACUUGCAAAGAAUCCGUAAAGAAAAGGCUCUAAAGGAUUACGUCAUAGAUGAAAACGGAUUAUUGGCAAAGCCUGGAAGCAAUCUGAAAAUCUCUGGACAAGACCAAGUAGCAUCAGAUAUGAAGAUUCAGAUGUCCCAAGAUCCUCAGCGUUCUACUGUAGACGUGAAGAAAGACCAGUGGGCUGCAGGAAUGAAGCCUGUCAAUGAGAUCAAGUCAGAGGGACGUAAUAAAGAACCUCAGAUUACCCCGUGUGAAACCAGAGCCAUUAGCCAGAGUCCUCCAGAUUAUCCUGUAUGCUACGCUGCACACAAUCCAGUUUAUCUACGGUUUCCAGGUCCACAGGUGUCUAGACAAGCACAGGUGCCGGUUUCUUCACAUGGACCAACUGCAGGGUCUCGUGUUAGGAUGUCGGCUGCCCGGCUCUUGGCCAAGACAACCUACACGUGGUGUUCUUAA